ACAGUCCACUCCACUCCACUCAUCAAACACCAUUUGUACUCCCAUUACAAGACCACUCCAUUCCCAACAAAAAACCUCAAACUCCCACAGUCCACGCCUCAUCAUAUUUUCCUCCACAGCCCAUUCUUCACUCCAUCUCUCUCCACAGUCCACUCCACUCCACUCAUCAAACACCAUUUGUACUCCCAUUACAAGACCACUCCAUUCCCAACAAAAAACCUCAAACUCCCACAGUCCACACACCUAACCAAAAGCAAAAGCAAAAACAAAAAACAUGGGCUCACUCCCUCUGCUACUGUUGCUCUCCCUCUCCCUCCUAAUUUCUCUCUCCAGUGCAAAACUCUCACAGAAGCUCGGCGUCUGCUACGGCCAGCUGGGAAACAACCUCCCUCCGCCGUCAACCUCCCUCCACCUCCUCAAAACCCUCAAGGCCAGCCGCGUUAAACUCUACGACGCCAACCCGCAAAUCCUCAACGCCCUCAAAAGCACUGAUCUCCAAGUCUCCAUCAUGGUCCCGAACGAACUCCUUGCGAACAUCUCCGCAAACCAAACCCUAGCCGACCAGUGGGUCCGCACCAACGUCUCCCCGUUUUACCCCCAGGUCAAAAUCCAGUACCUGCUCAUCGGAAACGAAAUCCUGAGCUCGACCGACAACAUUACCCACCUCAGUUUGGUCCCCGCGAUGCGCCGGAUCCGAUUCUCCUUGAAAUCUCUGGGCUUCAAGAAAAUCAAAGUGGGCACCCCUCUGGCCAUGGACGUGCUCGAGUCCUCGUUCCCGCCUUCGAACGGGACGUUCCGGUCCGAGUUUUCGGGUCCGGUUGUGGAACCCCUGUUGCGGUUUUUGAACCGGACGAAAUCGUUCUUUUUCCUGGACGUGUACACGUUUUUCCCGUGGGCGUCCGACCCGGAUAAUAUCAAGCUCGGGUACGCCCUUUUGAAGGCGAAGAAUGUGACGUACACGGAUCCGGGCACGGGUUUAACCUACCACAAUCUGCUCGACCAAAUGCUCGACGCGGUUAUUUUCGCUAUGAAAAGACUCGGGUAUCCGGAUCUCCGGUUAUUCAUCGCCGAAACGGGUUGGCCAAACGGCGGAGAUAUUGACCAGAUUGGAGCCAAUACUUACAAUGCUGCCACUUACAAUCGUAACGUGGUGAAGAAACUAACGGCUAAGCCGCCGGUCGGGACACCUGCCCGACCGUGUAAGGUUAUACCGGCUUUCUUUUUUGCACUGUACAAUGAGAACCAAAAGAGUGGACCGGGUACCGAGCGUCAUUUCGGGCUAUUGUACCCGAACGGGUCGAAUGUCUACCCGAUCGAUUUGUCGGGCAAGACGCGGGUUCGGGAGUACGAGCCGCUGCCGAUACCGUCGAAUAAUGAACUGUACAAGGGGAAGAUAUGGUGUGUGGUGGCCAAAGGUGCGAAUCUGACGGAGUUGGGCUCGGCAUUGGCUUAUGCUUGCGGGCAGGGGAAUGGAACCUGUGACCCGAUCCAACCCGGUGGGAAGUGUUUUAAACCGGAUUCAUUGGUUUGGCAUGCUAGUUAUGCGUUUAGCUCGUAUUGGGCCCAGUUUAGGAAGGUUGGUGGGACUUGUUUCUUCAAUGGCCUUGCAGUCCAGACUACCAAAGACCCAAGUUAUGGGUCUUGCAAAUUCCCAAGCAUCACACUUACAAGUGCUGGGAAGUAGGGGGGCAGAAGGACGGCCAAGGAAAAUGGGUUAUGGGUUUUACUUUAAAUAAUGUGCUCUACACUUGACCCCCCUUUUUGAGAGCAAGUCUUACAAACAUAGAUUUCCAAAUGCAGAUCCGCAUGUAGAUAUGUGGUGCACGUGAUUCUACACGUAUUGAAUGGUCCUCAACGUUUCUAUGUCUGGAACUGUGCACAGGCAUUUGUGUCUGAAGCGUUUUCUUUUCUUUAAUUCUAUCUUUUUAGACUAGUCGAGAUUGUAUUAGUUUUGGUUGCCGUCGUGUUUUAGGCACUUUUGGAAUGAGGAGAGAAUAGCCUCAAUUUCUUGAUUUUGUAUUCUUUGAAGUAGCAUUAAAAAAAGAGAGUCCCAAAUCACUUUUCCUGCA